CAACAAAGGAUACAAUGACUUCACUAUCUCAUCGAAGUUUCAGUCCAAACUUUCUUCCUUCUUCGCCCCCCAAAAAAAAACAAUUAAAACCAAUAACAAGAACUCCAUUGAACAAUCAAUCCUUCAAAGAACAGAAAUGGCGAGAAGAAUUCCCAUAUGGGUCCUCCUAAUUUCAGUCACAUUCAUGAUCAUCUCGUCAACUUCAGAAGAAUCACCAGAAGUAACCCAAUCCCUCGUCAGGUUCAUGGAAACCCUGUCGGAAAGAAACCCCCCGCCGAUCCAAAACUGGGGCUGGAGCCCCGGAUCCGACCCGUGCACCUGGACGGGCGUCUUCUGCCAUCCGGAAACACGAUCCGUCACCGGAAUCAUCCUCAACGGCUACAAUUUCUCCGGCCGAUUCGACCCAACCUCGCUCUGCCACCUGGCGCCGCCGCCGUCUCUCUACGUCCUCGAUCUGAGAAACAAUGGGAUCUUCGGCCUGCUGCCGCCUGAGAUUGGAGAAUGUAGAUCCCUGACGGAUUUGUACCUCGCCGGGAACCGGUUCACGGGCCGAGUCCCGAGUUCGAUUAACAUGUUGGGGAACCUGGGUCGGGUCGAUAUUUCGGGUAAUUCUUUCGCCGGCAGGAUUCCGACAGAGCUGACGUGGAUUUCGGGCUUGGUGUCGUUCAAGGCACAGAACAAUCGGUUUACCGGGGAAAUCCCGGUUUUCGAUGUGAACAAGCUGUUGGAAUUCGAUGUGUCGAACAACGAUUUCGUUGGGAGAAUUCCUGAUGCGUACGGCGGGUUUCCUGAAUCUUGCUUUCAGGGUAAUGCUGGAUUGUGCGGACAUCCCCUGCCAAUUGCUUGUCCGCCGGCGCCGGCGUAGAGUCCGAGUUACUGGUGAUAUUGGGCCGUGUUCGGUCAGCCCAGCCCGGUGAAUACCAGGCCCAAGUUGUGUCUACUUCAGCUGAAGCCCAUUCGGCAGUCCAAAGUCCCAUCGCCUUCUAUACUUGAAAUCGGUUCUUGUGUUAUUGGCUUCUCAGUUCAAAAACUAGUUCACAGUGUGAGAUACUUGAGAAAUAACCUUUCUUUGAUGACAUUUACAGUUGAAGUAAUUCAGUAAGUCUAAUCCAAUUAACAUUUUUUUUAUGUAUUUACAAUUGAUGUAAGAGUAAUCCAAUAAACAAGAUUUCUAUCC